AUGUGCGAGGAAGGUGCUGUGACUGUCUGCGUUCGGGUUCGCCCGCUCCCCGCCAGGUGAGCUGCUGGGGCUGCGAAAGGGGAGUUGUUCGCCAGAGGCGCAGGCGAAUCCCCCCGCAUGUUGCUCCGCAGUAGCCGCCCCUCCGCUGUUUCUAAGUCGUCUACUCCGAAGUAAGCGCUGGACCUUAACAGGCUGGCCAGACGUGCACGCGAAGCCCCGAGAAGGAAGCCUGACUCGGGACCAGGUUACACACCUUUUUCCUGCGACUCCGUCUAUUUCUAUUUGCUUUUAACUGCUUCACUCCCCCUCUGCUCCCCGCCCGCCUCGACUGCGAGCUGUUUUAAAUGCGCGUGGGUUAAAAGGGAAAUUUUAAAUUUCUGUAAGCCCGGCUUGAUGGUGAAGGGCGGGUUAAUAGAUUUGAUGUUGAAAAUACGUAAUCAUGAAAGUCUUUCCAGCCCUCCAUACCCACUCUCCUUAAAGUGGUUAGAGCAGUGGUUCCCAACCUUUUUUUUUUUAACCAUGCCCCACCUCUAAAAUCCUAAUGCCCACCCCCACCCCACCCCGUGACAUAUAAUUCUUAUUCAGUGACACCCCCCUCAAUUCACGUGGAGGAAGCCUAAAAGGCCGUUGACUGUGGAUAACUCGUUCUCAAAUUGCCCCCCUGUGGGGCGUGUGCCCCCACAUUGGGAACCACGGGGUUAGAGCAUUGGACUAGGAGCUUGGGAGACCAGGGUGCAAAUCCCUGCUCAGCCAUGUUGCUUGCUUGGGCUAGUCAUGUGACUGACAGCCUAACUUACCUUGUGGGGUCCUUGUGAGGAUGAAGUGAGGCAGGGGGGAGAUGUGCAAGGCCACUUUAGCUGCUUGCAGAGGGUUGCAGAGGGUGGCAUAUAAAUUAAAUAAGAAAAUAAAACUCAGCUGCUUGCAGCCAUUCUCAUUCUAGCUCCCAGUUACCUUUGGGUGGCUGACAUGAGAUGGACAGAAAGCUUCCGUUGUUCUCCACCUAAGGCCAGGAACCUUUUUCAGCCACUAUGGAGAAUGCCUGAUUCACUGUAACUUCACUUCUUGGGGAGGCUAUGGCUUUAUCUGUGAGGCUAAUGGCAUCCGCAGCAUCUUAAAGAGUGAGCUGUGUUUCCAUAGCAACCACUAGGGUGAUCCUGCUCUCCAGGAAAUGGUAGGCAUUUGCCCACCACCUUCCCUUUGUUGGAGGUAACAUCAACUUGUAAGCAGAAGAACAAUAGCCAGAAGAACAGUAGGCAAACUGUAGCUAGAGUUGGUGUGUGAGUUUUGGGGUGGGCUGGAUGGCUUGACAUGCUCCAUGGGCUAAAUCCCAAAGCUCUGGCAGCAGAUGGAAGGAGCAGCCCUAGAGAUUUAUGGGGGAAGCAAGAUCUGCUAGAGUGUUAAUGCUGCGAGCCCAUCCUAUGCUCAGGUCGUAUACAGUGGUACCUCUGGAUGUGAACGGGAUCCGUUCCAGAGCCCCGUUCGCAUCCUGAAGCGAACGUAACACACGUCUGUGCAGGUUGCGUUUUGCCGCUUCCGUGCAUGCACAUGAUGUCAUUUUGAGCGCCCUCACAUGUCCGAGCGGCGAAACCCGAAAGUAAUACAUUCCGUUACUUCCGGGUCACCGCAGAGCGCAACCCAAAAACACUCAACCUGAAGCGUAUUCAUCCUGAGGUAUGACUGUAUACAGUAAGUGUCAAUAAAACCAUAUAACCUAAAAAUGCUAUAUGCCUUUUAGGUAGGCAUGCAUAGGGUUUUGCUGUAAAUGUGAGAUGCACUUGUUUUAUAAUCUUCAGAAUGUGAAGAUUAUUUCUAAAAUGCUCCAGAAGAGCAGCCAUACUUCUAAAAGGGCAUUUAAUCAAAUAGGAGCUGGAUUUAAAAAGUUGUUCUCAGAGGGACAAAGCAAAUACAUACUCACAGGUGCUUCAUUCCUAGGACUGGUUCCACAACCCUUAAAUUUGGAUACAAAUAUGUGCUUACAAUGCGCUUUGCACAUGCUCUGCACAGCAAGUUAUUCAAUAUAACUUGCACAUUGUCAUAAUGUUAAGUCCAGCUGCAAACAUCUUUAGAUAUACGCUCAGGACCAGACAAUUAGAUUAGUGUGGGUAUAAGUAUUUCUUUAACACCAUCAAUUUCUCUAUACUCUGGAAUCUCUAACAGUGUUUUGUUCCUUAAGCGAGAAUGCAGACCUUGCGGAAGAAGAGAGUAUUGUCUGGAAAACUGAAGAAUGCACCAUAUCUCAGCUUGAUGGGACCAAAUCUUUUACCUUUGGUAAGCACUUGAUAAACACUGAAGUACUUUGUAAACCCUCUGAGGGUUUGUUGGUUUGUUUGUUUACAAUCAAGCAAUGUAUAAAUUUUAUUAAGUACUGUAUUUUUCGCUCUAUAAGACAUACUUUUCCCCUCUUAAAAAGUAAGGGGAAAUGUGUGUGCAUCUUAUGGAGCGAAUGCAGGUGGGAGACUCUGCUCAGCGCUCCCUUUUAAAGUGCCGUGUGGAGCGUGUGUGUGGCUCUUGGGGGCUUUUCCCCGAGGAGGGAGAAGGGCUGCCUUGCUUAUGCCAUAGCCGCACGCAGCCUCUCCCAGGCAGGGGAUGAAGGCUCCCCUUGUCUGGGAGAGGCUGCGCAUGGCCAGGCAAGAAGCCAGGAUAGCCAGCAGGAUCGCAGCCUUCAUCCCGCUGCCCUGCAGAGGCUUUGUGCGGCUAUCCCUGGCUUUUGCGGGAGGUGGGGGAAGGGACAGAGCGCGCAGCUCUGUCCCUUCCCCCACCACCCGCUAAAGCCCCCAAGAGCCAUAGAGCCGUGCGGAGUGUGUGUGUGGCUCUUGGGGGCUUUUCUCCCUCCUUGGGAAAAAGUCUGCAAGCGCCGCACACGUGCUCCAUGCGGCUCGUGAAAGGGAGAGCUGAGCAGAGCAUACAGGCUCUGCUCAGUGCUCCCUUUUAAAAAAAAAAAUUUCUUGGAUUCCCCCUCUAAAAACUAGAUGCGCCUUAUGGUCAGGUGCGUCUUAUGGAGCGAAAAAUACAGUACAUAAAUAUUGGUAUACCAUAAAAACAUGCAAACAACUUUUUGAAAGCAGCCAGGUAUGCUUCUUUCAGUCUAGCUUACAAGUUGGCAAUUUGACAAAUCCUGAAGAUGGAGUUUGAUUUCUGUGAACUGAACCAUUUUUCUUUUUUUUAAGAUCGGGUGUUUCAUUCUUCAGAUAAUACCGAAGAAGGGGUGGCUGCUUCAGUUAUCAAGUCGGCUGUUCAGGGAUAUAAUGGUACAUUAAACAUCAACACAUUUCAAUGCUUGCACUGUAUGUGGGUAGUAGUCUGAGCUAACCAUUGCUUUUCCUUUUAGGAACUAUUUUUGCCUAUGGCCAAACUGCUUUGGGGAAAACUUCCACAAUGUUGGGCACUAAAGAUUGCCCAGGAAUCUUACCAAUGGCCAUCAAUGAUGUUUUCAAUAGCAUCUGUGGAGUAAGUUUUUCUACUAACUGAACUUUGUUUCAGAUACCACAUUAGUGCUGCAAAGCUGCAUAUUGAACCUGCUUUGAUGAUUUCCUAGCUCCACUUAGGAGAAAAGGCUGUGCAGCCACUAUAUAGCAGUUUCUAUUUCCCACAUAAUAAUCUUGUUGGCCAAUAAGUAUUGUGAGUGGAACCAAUCUAGAGAUCAGGGAUGGGAAACUCUGUUGCUCUUCAGAUGUUGUUGGAGUCUGAUCCCAUCACAUCCAUCAGCUAUGCUAGCUGGGGCUGAUAGGAGCUGCAGCGCAGCAUCAUUUGGAGGUCCAUAGUUCCCCAUCUAUAGUAUAGUUCAUAAGGCAGUGGGAAUGUUUUAGUGAUGGCAUUGGAUGGGGGUGGGCAGGGAGCCAUGUUACAUUAGUUCUCCAUAAUUAGGGAUGCUGAUGCAUGCAUGCUCUUUACUUUUUCAGAUUCCUUUUUUUUUUUAAAUGAUAUUUAUUAAAGUUUCAAAAAAAAAUACAAAAAAUACAGAAUACAGAAAGAAAAAGAAUAAAGUUUUUUUUAAAUAUAACCAAAGAAGUAAAAAAUAAAAGAAAACAUACCAAAUAAAACAAUUAAAAGGACAUUAAAUUUCCAUAACCUAUCUUCCUUAUACUUAUUUCCCCGGAUCUCCUCAUACCUCCCUUUUUUGUAUUCCAGUUCAAUUUGUUAAUUCAGCAAAUCCUUACCAUUGAAAUUACCCAGUUGCAAACCUUUUUUCAUAUCUCUUAAAGCAUUACAGCUAAAAAAAACCCCUUAGUUUCUGUCCAACAUCCUUCUAAGAUUCCUUAAUUUUACAAUAUUUCUGUAAAUAGUCUUUAACUUUCUUCCAGUCUUCUUUCACCGUCUCUUCUCUCUGGUCUCGGAUUCUGCCAGUCAUUUCCGCCAGUUCCAUGUAGUCAAUCACCUUCAUCUGCCAUUCUUCCAGAGUGGGUAGAUCUUGUGUCUUCCAAUACUUUGCGAUGAGUAUUCUUGCUGCUGUUGUUGCAUGCUACUUUUUCAGAUUCCUGACAGGGAGUUCCUACUCCAUGUAUUAUACAUGGAAAUCCACAGUAAUACAUUUGAGGACCUACUGUGCAGCAGCAUGUGGCGAAAGAAACCCUUGGUUGUUCGUGAAGACAUCAGUGUAAGUAACCAUUGUUACCUUUCCAAGUCAGUGCCAAAGCUCCCACGCGGCCUUGUAACAGGAAAAGUAAAAUUCUGGAAGUCAGCAUGUCUUCCUUGGACUUUGCCCAUUUUGCUUCUGAAUUGAUUAAAAUCGUUUUAUUAAAGUUGACCUAAAGUUAGCUAACUUCCUAAUAGCUUUGCAUUGCACAUAUAAAAAGAGGUAACACCUAGAAUCAAUACAGGGAGCUGUGUGGUGUUAUGUGAUUUUUUUUAAAAAAAUCUCUUGUAGGGGUAUGUCUUUGUUGGAGGUCUGACUGAAGAGGUGGUGGUUUCUCCAGAGGAAGUUUUGAGCUGGCUCCAGAAAGGUGAAAGUAAGACUUAAUAUUUGGUAUGACUUAAACACAUAUAGAGCUUCCUGUGCAGCUCUGAUACUUUAAAUCCAUCAACUUUCUCUGUGUUUUGUUCUGAAUAGAAAACAGGCACUAUAGUGCGACAGAAGUGAAUGAAAGAAGUAACCAGUCACAUGCAAUCUUCCGAAUGGUAAGUGAUCAUGAAUUUUAUUUUACUGAUUUAUUUUAGUUCAGAGAUCGGAAACCUCUGGCCCUCUUUGAUGUUCCCGGACUCCAAAGUCCCAUCAGUCCUGACUGUUGGCCAUACUGAUGGGAGAUGGAGUCCAACAACAUCCAGAGGGGGGCACCAGGUUCCCUAUUCCUGGUUAGUACCUGGCUAUGAUAUCUGGCAGGAUAUGAGAGGGAGAGAUUUGUUGUUGUUAUAUUAUACAUUUCUACCACUGGGUGAUUUACAAUAUAAAAACACAAAAAUAUGUGCCAUAAUAAUAAACAAAAACAAAAAAGCACACACACAGUUUUAAAAGGCCAUAGAUCGUUUAAUUAGCCAAAGAGGAAUAUUUUUGCCUGGCACCUAAAAUAUGUAACAAAAUCACCAGGCAAGCCUCCUUAAGCAUUCUACAAGAUAUGCCAGUUUUAGGUUCCGUUGGUUGAGGGUAGGUGUGCUACAGUAUACAGACCCACACAUGACAAACUGGUAUUGGUUGGUCUGUAAUCUGUGGUGGUUUGGUAAAACAAGUUCACAACUUUGCUUACUUUUUUUUUUUUUUUAAGAUCAUUGAAAGCAAAGAGAUGACGGAUAUCUCAAGCUGCGAUAGCCCUGUGAUGGUAUCUCACUUGGUGAGUUCUUUGAAAGAGAGAACUGAGGUUUGUAAAUGGGGGUUUUGUUAGAAAAAACUACCAUUGAAGGAUGCUGCAGCUUGUGUGCGUUACGGGAACAUGAGAGGAGCCCUGCUGGAUCAGACCAAUGGCCUGUUUAUUCUAGCAUCCUGUUCUCACAGUGGUGAACCAGGUGCCUGAGACCCAAGCAGUUUCUCUACUUGUGAUUCACAGCAGCUGGUAGUGGAAGUUGAACUUAGCCAUCAUAGCUAGUAGCCCUUGAUAGUCCCUGUACUCCAUAGAUUUGUCUGAUCCUCUUUUAAAGGCUUCCAAGUUGGCGGCCAUUACUACGUAGUGGGUGAGUGAACUCCAUAGUUUAACUAUGUGCUGUGUGAAGAAGUUCUUUCUCUUUUUCUGUCCUGAAUUUUAGCUAUGUUGGAUGGCCCUGAGUUCUAUUAUUAUAUGACAGAGAGAGAAAUUGAGAGAAACUUAGCCCUGUCUGCCUUCUUGUUACAUGCAUAAUCCUAUACACCUCUGUCGGGUCCCUCCUUAAACUUGCCUUUCCUCUGAAAGCCCCAAAUGCUUUGACAUUUGGAGGAAAGCGGUUUGUGUGCCAUAUGACCCACUCUGCCCCCUAAGCUAGGCUGCUGCCCUGAGAUGAAGUAGAAGAUAUUAUUUUGCCACCAAUCUGGUUGACUUUGCUAUACAGAAAGAGGUGGAGAGGGGAGGUGCCAUCUUCUGCUUUGGCUCAGGCAGCAAAAUAUAUUGGGCUAGCCUUGUGUGCUUUCUGUUUGAGAUCUGGCCGGCAGAGUCAAAUAUAUAUUGGGAUUGUGGAAGGCUAAUGAACUUCUGAAGUGUUUAAUAGGGCUGUUUCUGCCUGGGAAAUAGCAGCAGCAGAAAUUCAGUUGCUCUGGGUUUCAAGUCUGUUUGGCACAGCAUUCCUAAUGCUUAUUCAAAAGCAAGUUCCAUUGACAUUGCUGGAACAUACUGAAGAGGUGCAGACUAAACAACAUCCAUAUUAUUAUUGCAUUUAUAUCCCACCUUUCCUCCAAGAAGCUAAGGUGGCCUGCUUGAUUUUGUCCCCCUUCAUUUUAUACUUACAUCAACCUUACAAGGUAGGUUAGGUUGAGAGACCAAGGUGAUCCAGGGAGCUUUGUGGCUGUGUGGUGAUUUGAACCCUGGCCUCCUAGGUCCUAGCCACACACUCACCACUAUGCCACAUUGGGUCCUUGGACUAUAGUAGAAAUUCAGUGGUCAAAACAUCAAAUCGCACAGUAUGCACAUCCUUCUACCUUUUUCUUCUGUUGCAGACCAUCCUGGAUCUGAGAUGCAAUCUACAAAUGACUGGCUCCCUUUAACACACAUUUCCUCUAUUCUUUCGCUUUCAUGAAAUAUUAAAUGUUGUUCAUUUGAAUGUAUUUCCUCCCAGAUGUAGUGACCAGUGCUGCACAAUUUUUUUGUUGUUUCUUUGAUUUAAACUCCUGGCCAAAGACCUUUUUCUGCUCAUGUACAGUCUCAGGAACUUAUUUUUCUCAGGCUUUCAUCUGCCACUGUUUGGAAUUGUUGUUCAAUCAAUAGAUGAUUUGAAUAGAUCUUGUGUGAGAAUGGUGUCUAACACAGUCUUACUUGAAUUUUCAGAAUUUGGUAGAUCUGGCAGGAAGUGAAAGAGCUACCCAAACAGGUGCUGAAGGUAUGUAGCUGAUGAUGAUCAAGCUUUUCUGGUAAUCUGCUAAAUCCUAACUUGUAAAACAUGUAAAAAAACAACAACCCACAAGUAAUUCCCCCCCCCCCCCCAGGGUUCUUGGGCAUGCUUGCUCUUAUUUAUGUAAGCCAUUUACAGCUUAACAGUAAAAUUCAUCACAUUUGGAACACAAGACUGAUGCAGAUGUUACAUUCCCAACUGGUAGAUUCUUGCACAAAAAUCUAACUUCUCUAUGGCAAGGAUGAGGGACCUGUAGUGCUGUAGAAGUUGCAUAUGAACUCCUAGCAAUCCUAGCCAGUAUGACCAGUGGUCAGCAAUGCUGGAAGUUGUCUUCCAACAACACAUGGAGGGCCACAAGUUCCUCAUCCCUGCUUCUGCAGAGACCAUUGUAAAACCGCCCCAUUAUCCUUGAACGAAGGGUGGUAUAUAUUAGCAAUUUCACUCCUCCAAUGCUGCAGAUGAGAUUGUUGUAAAUCACAUACCUGUCUGGGACGAGUCUGGGAAAGGAAGACAGUCUUACCUCUUCCGCUGCAGGUGCUAUUACACUGUACUUUGCUUUUAUUUCUUUGUUCGUUCUCUCAGAGCUGGAGAGAACGGACGCCAUUAUGCUUUUGUCUGUACAUAGUGUGUAAAUAAAUAGUAGAUUAGCUCUAUGAUGACUCACUCACUCUUGCUGUGUUAUGCCAGAAGAUUAGUGUGCAUAUACCAGCUGGUAUAUGUCGCUAGAAGCGCACUGUAAGAGAAGGGAGAUGCCUUUUCCAGAGCUGUGUGUACCAGAGGACGCUCAGAGUUUUGGGGGGCUUGCUGGCAUCCUCAGGGCGUUUUUCCAACAGUAUAUACAUUUGAUGAAUGUAAUAUUUGGUUAUAGGCCUUCUAGCGUUAUCUUCCUCCUUUUGGCUGAAGUUAUUCAACGUUUCUGAGUUAAAAGGCAUAAUUCAUCAUACCACUAAUAAUGUUGAAGUCUUAUUGGGUGUCUCCAAUGCUGUUAUUUCAUUGACAGAAGGAAUCUGUUGGCAGAACAGGGGAGAUAAUAUUUUUUGGGUGACUCACCCUACGCAGGACCCUGUGCCCCUCUUUGAUCUGCUGCAGAGGGUUGGGGAAUCACCCAGAGCAGAUUUAAGGACAGAAUGGGAAUCCCUAAAAUUUCCUCCCCCAUUCUGCCGAUAUUGCCUUCUGUCAGGAGACCUUGGAUAAUGACCAGUAUUGUUAUUUCACACGUAUUAAGUGCCUAAAGGGCAGGUAAAAACAAUACAGAAGGGGGGGGGGGAGAAUGGAGAAUGAAGAAGAAAGCAAUCAAAUUCAGGAACUCUUGACUAUGUUAACUAGCAAUAUGGUAGCAAAAGAACUUUUGUAGAAGGAACUGUCUGAAAAUAAAAAACUGAUGUUUAAUGCCUAGGGAUCCAUCUCCAAGAAUGCUGCAAUGUAAACCGGAGCCUCUCCAUCUUGGGCCAAGUGAUCAAGAACCUUUGUGAAGAACAGAGUGGGCUAGGACAAUUCAGUUAAGAAGGGUUCUUUAGUUUGUGCUGUAUUGAAAAGUGUUCUCACUUGAUCUUAGGCCAGGCAGCCAACGUAGUGCCCAUUCCUAGGUUGUUUGGCUACAACUCCCUCCACCGCCAGGCCAUUGGUCAUCUGUCUGGGCCUGAUGGGAGUUGUCAUCCAACAACCUUCGGAAGGCACCACAUUGGCUGUCUCUGUCCUAGAUGUAAAAGAUUGGCUCUUGGGCCAGUUUUUCCUCUACUUAAUAUGUAAAAACUUUCUUAUUCCUUUUUGAUCAUCCUCCUUCACCAGAGCCUACGUCAACUGCAGAGACAGUACGUUAACAUGGGUUCUGCACAAAUCACUUGGUGGCAAUUCUAAGACUGUUAUCAUCUUCACGGUCAUUCUGACAUCGUUCGAAGAAACGCUUCGAACCCUCCAGGUAAAACUAUACAGGUCCGUUUCCUUCCCCCAAAAGUUUUGCCCCAAGUAACAAGUAGGCAAGAAGGUAUUUCCCCCUCUCUUUAAACUGGCAUGCUUUGUUCUAGUAUACGUAUCUGCAGUUAUAGAACUAUGAGAAAUCAGACUUCCACUUCAAAGGGAAGUAGUGUAGCACUUCCUCUAAUAGGUGGGUUGGAUACUGACGGCAAACCCUCAAACUCUUAAAAAGGGAGCUUGUGAAGACAUGGUAGUCAUGGAGUCUUGAAUAUCAGGUGGAAAAGGAAAGGUGGGGGGAACGGCCUACUUGAGCGCCUGACAGCUUCUCUGUUGCCCUCCAGAUGUUGGAGGACUCCAGCUCCCAUCAGCCGUCGUCAACAUGGUCAGAUGAUGAAAGUUGUAGUUCAACAACAUCUGGAAGGCACCAGGUUGGUUAACCCAGGCUUAUCCCUUCUGUGGGGAGGUGAAGGUACGCUGCAACAUUUCGUUUAAUGGGUACCAUUUGUAUUUACUGUAAUGGCAAAUGUUGAUUUUUAUGAUCCAUACUUCUGUAAUUUUCGAAGAGAUUUUACACAAAUGUCAUUUUUUCUGACUCCUUCAAAGAGCGGUUCUGACUCCAUGUGCCUGUCUCUCCUAGUUUGCGAAUACAGCCAAAGAAAUGAAAAACCGCCCUAUAAUAAAUUACGUUACGGAUGAGGAUGCCCUUCUAAAAAGGUAUCGUUUAGAGAUUGACAGCCUGAAACAGCAAAUUGAAGAUGUAAGUUGUCUUCUUGGAAAUCUGAGUGUUCUAGGCUGGAACAGGUCAAAUCGCAUCUAUAUCUUGUUUUGUUUUGUUUUGAAAUGGGAUUCAUGCUCUAUUUUGCCAGCAAUUAUACCUUAAAAGCACAACACAUUUAUCUUUUAGAAGUUCAAAUAUCCGUGGUAAUCUCGAAUGCUGGUGGCAAUAGCAUUCUUUUAGUUGGUGACUUGGAUUAUAGGCCAGCUGCCUAUACCAAGUGAGGGGGCCGUAAUCUCUGUUUAGACGCAGUCUCCAUUUUUAGAGUCUGGCCUAAUUUUAAUGGCAACUCUUAAUAAAGCUGACAACCAUUUCAUGCGGGGGUUCCUUUCCCGGCCCCCACAUACACUGGAGUAGCACGUAUAAGUGUAUCCCAGCCCUGUUACACUCUUUUCGUGACAUGCUGAGCCAUGUUUUUAUGUCACUUCCAGGUUCAUCACCAUAUGCAAUCGCAUGUCUUUUAGAUGCUACUGUUAUAAGCGCUUAUGCACCAAUACUGGAUGCCGAUGAAGACAUUAAAGAUUUUACUCUCAGCUGGAUACCGUCCUAUCAGAGACACCUAAGGAAGAUAAAAUUAUCCUCCUGGGUGAUUUUAAUGCAAGAGUUGGGUGAGAUUUUGAUCUGUGGCCUGGGAUUAUUGGGAAAAAAGGAAUUGGUAAUAGCAACCAGAAUGGAAUCUUACUUUUGACAAUAUGUGUAGUGCACAACCUUGUUAUUGCCAACACACUCUUUCAACAGAAAAAUAAAUUUGAAACUUCAUGGAGGCAUCCUCAGUCAAACCACUGGCACCUCUUAGACUAUGUUAUUAUCCGUGCUAAAGAUUGCUGUGAUGUGCUCUUUACCAGAGCUAUGACGAGUGCCGACGACUGCUGGACAGAUCACCGACUAAUACGCUCCACGAUGGCUAUCGAGAUUAUACCUUGACGCAGGAUUCAAGAAAGGAAACCAAGGCACAAAAUGAACACUCAAGCCCUUCAAGAUCCCAUUAAGGACCAUCCGUUUUCAGAAUUUCCUGAUAGCAUCAAGGAACACUGGACCAAACUAAAAACAUGCAUUAUUGCAGCCUGUGAACAAACUACUGGACACCAAACCAAGAAACACCAGAAAUUGGUUUGAUGAGAAUGACAGUGAGAUUGACCACACAUUUGACAAGAAAAGGAAGGCCUUUCAGAUCUGGCAAAGAGAUAGAAACUGUGCCACUAAGAAAAAAACCUGUGCUAGUGCUAAGGCUGAGGUUCAAAGAAGAACCAGAGAGCUAAAAAAACACUGGUGGAUUAAAAUAAGCUCAAGAGAUCCAGCACACUCAGAGGGUGACCUCCAAACCAUCCUAAAUAUCUUUGCAGAAGAUUACGAAAAGCUUGGCCUAUCACUCAACCUCCAAAAAACCAAAGUGCUACACCAACAAGUUCAAAAUCACCCCUCUGCAGCGCCACAAAUCCAACUCAAUGGUGUAACGUUGAAAAAUGUCAAUCACUUCUCCUACCUGGGCAGUUAUCUUUCCACAAGGGCCAACAUUGAUGCUGAAAUCCAGCAUCGCCUGAUUUCUGCGAGUGCAGCUUUUUCCCAAUUGAAGUGCAGAGUGUUUGAGGACCGGGACAUUUGCAUGGAAACCAAAAUGCUUGUUUACAAAGCUAUUGUACUACCAACCUUACUGUAUGCUUGUGAAACAGGGACACUUAUAAAUGCCAUCUCCAACUCCUCGAAAUAUUCAAUCAACGGUGUCUCCAAAAAAUUUUACACAUCACUUGGGAAGAUAGGCGAACGAAUAUCAGUGUACUGGAAGAAGCAAAGAUCACCAGUGUUGAAGCAAUGAUUCUUCAACAUCAACUUCGUUGGACUGGUCAUGUUGUGCGGUUGCCUGAUCAUCAUCUUCCAAAGCAACUACUCUAUUCCAAACUUAAAAAUAGCGUAAUGCUGGUGGUCAACAAGAGGUUUAAAGACUGUCUCAAGGCAAAUCUAAAAAAAUGUAGUAUAGACACUGACAACUGGGAAACGCUGGCCUGCGAUCCCUCCAGUUGGAGAACAGCCUUUACUAAAGGUGUCAUGGGCUUUGAAGACACUCAAACUCAGGAUGCAAGGGAGGAAAGUGCUAAGAGGAAGGCAUGCUUGGCAAAUCCACACCAUGAUCAACUACGACCCGAAAACCAAUGUCCGCACUGUGGAAGGAUGUGUGGAUCCAGAAUUGGCCUCCACAGUCACUUACGGACUCGUUGUUAAAACCAUGUUUAUGGAAGACAAUCUUACUUGGCUUCGAGUGAUCACCAAAGAAUACGAAGUAUUGGUCAUUGCUUGUAUGCAACCCUUUCCACACUGGGGGGUGCAGACUCAAUUUCACAGAAAUGACUGAGAAACUUAAAUGCUUUCAUUGUUUCUUGCUGAUGUUUAACCUUCACAGCUGUUAGUACUUACAGUACGUUAUUAUCAUCACAGUAAUAUACAGAUUAACAGCCAUAAUCCUCGCAAACAUGGAGGGGUCUACACAAAAGCACAUGGGUAUCCUAGCCAAUGUAACAUGUCAGGGUAAUUUUUUCUGUAAUGUAAACUUCAAUACCUUCUCCAGGCACCACACACAUGGAUUUGUUUUAAGGGAUUUUACUACCCCAAAAUAGAUUGAAAAUUUGGCUUGGGUUAGUAAAGUAUUCCCAAAAAUGUGUGUAAGUUUUCAGUGGGUCGUAUACAAAAUCCCCCCCCCCCAUAAUGGAUUUUCCUUGCUUGGGAAAUCAUGUACACCUUACUAUGAACAAGAUUUUGUGCCUUUCGACCUUUGGUAUUGAUGCUUUCCCUUGGUAGAUGUCAUCACAAUCCCAGGUGGCAGAGAUUGUUGAAGAGAAGUAUGCUCUUCAAAAUGAGCUGCAGGAGAAAAUAAAGAAUCUCACUGAGAUGCUCGUGACAUCAGCUUCUCUUGCAUCAGCGCAAGAGUUCAAGGUAAUACUUAAAAAUUGAAGUGUUGUGGGACCUUUGGUGGAAAACUGGUGGCUCUUCCACAUUUCUUGAAUCAGCUGUUAUUAAGUAAUCAAAUGGGGCGAGGGAAGCCUGGAAAUGACUAAAAGGGUGUCACUGCAGUAAAGGACCUUCGAAUGCGUGGAAGUUUAAGGUAAACCCUUCGUAAAACUGAGUAAGAAAGCAGAACUUACUUAUUGUGUGUUUCUUUUUAUAUAAAACCUGACUCAGGUCCAACUGAUAGAAGAAAAGUCUCUUGAACUGAGGCAACUUCUUGUCAAGACUUCCAGUACCAGAAGGACUAGAAGGGUGUCACUGUAGAAAAGGACCUUCCAAUGUGUGGAAGUUUAACAUAGCUCUGUUAAUGCAUGCAUGAAGCAGGAAGUUCAUAUUGGGAAGCUGGUAUAAGAACAGGCACCAGCGACUGUGCUGUAGUGGUCCCAGGAGUGCGGAGCGGGAGGGCGAAUGGAACCUGCUGCUCUCCAGUCCAGCCCCCAUCACCCAGGGCCCUCCACAACCUGGCAGCUCGUGGAGGGUGGCAUGAGAAGGCUGCCAUGUGCCCUUCAGUCCCAGCCUUACCCCUGAGGGCUGGGAUUGAAGGGCAUGUGGCAGUUGUGUCCUUCUCAUGUCGCUCUCCCCGGCUCCCAGCCUCGCAAAAUAAGGCUUUGUGUUGAAUUCUGAAGCUACUACUUGCCACCCGACUAGCGAGUUCAAGUUGCUUAUGGUGCUUGCAAACAUGUUUUAGGAAAGUUUCCCCUCUCCCUUUGCAACUUUUUUUGCAAAUGCUUAUGGUAGAACUUACAACUAGCUUCAACUGAAUUUGUCAUCACUAGGCCAUGUACAAAUUCCAAGACAUCAGCAAAUGGGAUUGUGCUUUUAAAAAUAUCUAACUUCCUUUAAUUCUCCUACGUGCCUUGAUUUUUAUUUUUAUUUUAUGUUUUAAGUUUCCAAGGACAAGGAAGAGGAGAGCGACCUGGUCUGCAGGAACAACAUCCCAGGAAGCAGGGGAAUGUCGCCUGGGAAGCUUUUUCCAAAAAGCCAAACAGUUUAAAAAGCCUUGUCUAGCAGAGAUGAAAGCAUGUAAGUUUGUUAUGCAUGGAAACUAUUUUUAAAAGGUGCUAUAUAAAAUAUGGGCUGAAGCAUGGUAGGUUGGGAUAAGUUAGAACUUAGAUAAUACAUUGUUUAAACCAAUAUCCACAGUGAGCUGCAAAUAGUUAAACUCUUGCACCCAUUUUGAGGGCUGUGCUUAAGCUGCAUAUGUUAAUUAUGCUGAAUGUUAUUGCUACAUCUGAAGUUUUCAGAGAAGGGCAAGAGGGCUCUUGGCAUAACUUAGCCUGCUCCAUUUAUCUCCUGGUUGCUCCAGAGGUCGGAUUCUGACAUUGAUCUUUAGGCGCUAGGGAGAACUGGCUUCUUUGCAAAUGCUAGCAAAGGCUAAUGUAGCCAACUCUCUCGCUGCUUGCAUUUGGCUGCUCGUAUGUUCUUUCUCCCAUGGCAGGGGAGAAUUAAACCCACUGGGCCCCAAGGUAAUCAAAGCUCAGUUCCUUUCACCGCACCUUUCUGCAUUUGUCUCAAGAACAUAGAGUCACAGAAUUGCAGCAUGGGAAGGGAUCCCAAGCAUCAUCUUGUCCAACUCCCUGCAAUGCCGGAAUCUCAGCCAAGGCAUCCAUGACAGAUGGUCAUCCAAGCUCUGCUUAGAAACCUCCAAGGAGAGUCCACAGCUUCCCACGGGAGUCCGUUCCACUGUUGAACACCUCCUGUCAUGAAAGCUCUUCCUGAUUGUUUAGUCAGAAUCUCCUUUCUUGUAACUUGAAGCCAUGGGUACAAGUCCAACUUCCAGAGCAGGAGAAAACAAACUUGCUCUAUCUUCCAUGUGACAGCCCUUGAGAUAUUUGAAGAUGGCUAUCAUAUCUCCUCUCAGUCUCCUAUUUUCCAGGCUAAACAUCCCCAGCUCCUUCAGCCUUUCCCCGUAAGUCUUGGUUUCCAGACCCUUGGUCUUCUUAGCUGCCCUCCUCUGCAUGUGUUCCAGUGUGUCAAUAUCUUUCUUAAAUUGUGGUGCCCUGAACUGGACCCAGUGUUCCAAUGUUGGACUGACCAAGGCAGAAUAGAGUGGUACUGUUACUUCCCUUAUCUGCAUCUUAAGUAUACACGCUUUUAUUGGUUAAAUUUUUGGCAAAAUGGGUUGUCUUUCAGCUGUAUCCUUGGAAUGUGACGAUCAAGGGAUGACAGCCAGUGUUACAAUUCCUGAAGAGGAACCCCAGGGUCUGAGGUUGGUUUGGUAAGCAGUAUAUGUGUGUGUGGAAACUAGCUUGCUUCACCAAAGGUGAAAUUUACGUUCAAUUUUUCUCGUACCCCUCGUGGAUAUGGCCCCAGAAGGUUGCCGAGAAAUGAAUGUCACCCUUGGAAUGGAAAAGGUUCCCACUCCUCUUUCAAGGACAAAGCUGGGAGUGGGGAUUAUGCCGUCUGCAGGCUUCCUCCCCCUUUCUUUAUUGCAACAACAAUUUCUUAAUUACCCCCUACUAACUAUAUUGGACGCGGGUGGCGCUGUGGGUUAAACCACUGAGACUAGGACUUGCCGAUCAGAAGGUCGGCAUUUUGAAUCCCUGCGACAGGGUGAGCUCCCGUUGCUCGGUCCCUGCUCCUGCCAACCUAGCAGUUCGAAAGCCCAUCAAAGUGCAAGUAGAUAAAUAGGUACCGCUCUGGCGGGAAGGUAAACAGCGUUUCCGUGCGCUGCUCUUGUUCACCAGAAGCGGCUUAGUCAUGCUGGCCACAUGACCCGGAAGCUGUAUGCCGGCUCCCUCGGCCAGUAAAGCGAGAUGAGCGCCGCAACCCCAGAGUCGGUCACGACUGGACCUAAUGGUCAGGGGUCCCUUUACCUUUACCUAACUAUAUUGGAUCGACAUGAUUUCUUUUACACUUGGUUGGAUGGGGUGGAACUGAGGGAGCAGAGUUUAGGGGAGAGAAAUUCUGAGGUUUGGAAAGCUCACCUCUCCUUUUCAGGGUUUUUUGCAAGCCUCCAAAACUUGGCAGCGUUGCCAGCAUGUAGCUGGAACUUAACAUAUAAACGAUGUCUAGCUCUCAAUAUGGCUUUGGCAACAACACUUUUGAGCUACCAAUAUAUUGCUGAAGGAACAAGCAAGGGCAUUCAGUAUUAAGGUUUUAUGGCAGAAAACGUCUAGUAAAAUGGCAGGUUCCGGUAAUAUCGGAGCUCAAAGUCGCAUAAGAUUGUAAAAGUAAGUGCUGACACUGUAAAUUGGGUUCAAACAGACUGGUAGCCAGUACCUUUCCUUCAGGAAAGAUGAAGUGUGUUCCCUUCCCCUGUAUUUAUGAAGUGCCUAAUUUUUUCAGUUUUCCAAAGCAGCCCCAGGUACGACACACCGCAGUAGUCUAGUCAGGAAGUAGUGAUGGCAUGUAUCACGGUGGCCAUUGGGGGGCAGGGAUGCACAGUUGAUGGACCCACCUUAGCUGGUGAAAAGCGCUGCAUCUCACAUCCCCAGCAACAAAACUGGGUCUAAGACGAUUGUCUUGAGACCCUGCUCUUUUUCUUCCACUGUUUGCAGUAUGGCCUAUGAACGCAAAGGACAUGGUCUUCCCUAUGGUAGUGUCAAAAGAAUUUCACUUGACCCCAUCUCCUUUCAAUGUGCAACCAAGGCUUCUCUCCUAUUUCAUCAGGCUUGUUCAGAUUUUGUUAGACUACCUUUACUCCACCCUUUUCAGUCUGAGACCCUUCAAGAUAAUUUAGCAACAUGAGAUUAAAACAAAUGCUAAUCCUGUAACUGGGACGUGGGUGGUGCUGUGGUCUAAACCACUGAGCCUCUUGGGCUUGCUGAUUGGAAGGUCAUAAGUUCAAAUCCCCAUGACGGGGUGAGUUCCUGUUGCUCAGUCCCAGCUCCUGCCAACCUAGCAGUUCAAAAGCACGCCAAAAAGUGCAAGUAAAUAAAUAGGUACUGCUCCGGCGGGAAGGUAAAUGGUGUUUCCAUGUGCUGCUCUGGUUUCGGUGUUCCGUUGCACCAGAAGCAGCUUAGUCAUGCUUGCCACAUGACCCGGAGAAACUGCAGACAAAUGCCGGCUCCCUCGGCCUGUAAAGCAAGAUGAGCACCGCAACCCCAGAGUCGUCUGCAACUGGACUUAAAUGUCAGGGGUCCUUUACCUUUACCUUUAAUCCUGUAACUGCAAAAAAGCAAGCAAAACUGCACUUGUUUUUGUACUUAUAUUGUGGUAUGUAGGCUAUGCUAUGAGAGGAGUGAAGUACGCACCAUCUUGCAUUAAUAGUAAAGCAUAGUUUGCAGUGACAUGUGAAAACAGCCACUUUCCUGAGUUGCGGCAUGGAAGAAUUGCCAUGAUUGGAUUUGAAUUUAUUUAAAUCAGUUAGCCCCCAACUAAUGCAUGCUAGAAAAAGAGUGGACCUUCUGAAAAACACUUUUCAGUGUAUAUUAGCAGUGCGUUCUGCCCUUUUGGAGGGUUGAAAAGCCCUCUGUUAGUGAUGUGACGUUAAGACUUUAUUUCCCAGGGCUUCUCACCACUGUAAGCAAUGGAUGCUUGCAGAAUUUUCUGGUAUAUGUUCUACAGUAAGAACUUGGCUCCACUGUGGUUUGGAGGGGAGCUGAAUGCAGGGCCUGCUUGCUUUUGUGGUGCGUGACUUGCAGGUAAAGCAGUCACCUGGUCAUUGUUGUGUCUUGCUUGUUGUCGGCAUCAGUCAGUCCUGAGAGGUAAUGGAGUACGCCUCCAGGAGUGAAGUUAAUCACACUGUUAACAGCACUGAAGUGACCUCCCUGGGAGCAAGCCUGGGCAGUGUGUAUGGAGGUCCGGGGCUACCCAGAAGACAAGACCGCCUUCCCCGCCUUGACCUCACUGAUGUGGUCCAAAGAGAAGCAGAGCAAUACGUUUAGCACCAACAUGGCAGCAGGUGUUGCCAGAAGGAGGCAUGCAAGACACCACCCAACCAUCUUAGGGACUCCACUCCAGAUUAGUGUAGGGUUUACUCCUUAAGCCUUUUCUUCUCCCAAAGAUAUUCUGCAAGGCAGUUGUGUAUUACAGCUGAACAUUUUAGUGGCAUGUCAAGCCAUAACCCAAGGUUUACUGUACACAAACUGGAGAUUGGAGUGAAAUAAACCAUGAUUGGUACACCAAGAAGAAACCUUGACUUAUCAUCAUGGUUUAUUUUUCCUUACUCCAGCACUAGCCGCGAGGAGCACAGACGUAAUUUGCUCAUCUACAGUAAGUCAUGACUUACGAUGAUGUGCACAGAUGGUCAGACACAAGUUCGAGUCAGUCUUUGAGAAAAACUGAUAUAUACAUGGUGUGCUAAAGGUUCUUAUAACAUUUUUGGGAUAAAGUUAGAAUAUUGCCACUUGCAUGGCCAGAGCAUAUCACUGACACCUUGCCCAUUUUCCUUUUCUGAAGAAGCCACCUAGCAAGAUCCAAGAGCUGCAAAUAG